CCAAUCCCCCACUCCCUGUGCAGGAGAGAGUGGGGUUUGUGAUCCGACCCCUCCCAAAAAAUUCAACCCUCUGCCAACUGCCACAGAUUUUUCCAAGAAACCAGAAGAGAAAAAUGAAGAUAUGCAAGAGAUAACGAAAGAAUAAUUUAAGUCACGCAGAUUCUCCACUUUCAAAAACCAAUCACCAAGCAAUAUCUUCUUCUUUAGCUAGAGAUCUUAAUACUUUUCUCAUGAACUCGGUCAGAGUACGAUUUCUUCUCUGAGCCUCCAAACCAAACAGGUAGUUUCUUCAAAUGAUUCCUUAUGCUUUUUGUCCUUGAAAUUUGUGAAUAACCCAGUUCUCUAAUCAAUGGUUUCAAUUGCAGAUAGAGUCAACGUUUAGUUUUUCUCUCUUUCUGUGGAUGGGUGAAGAGGACAUACCAUCAACUGAUGUGAAAAACACGGCUACAACAAGACCAAAGCUUACCCUAUUGCCUCUUGUUGCUCUGAUAUUCUAUGAGGUAUCUGGGGGUCCUUUUGGUGUGGAGGAUUCAGUGAGGGCAGGAGGUGGCCCUUUGUUGUCUUUGCUUGGUUUCUUGAUAUUCCCUUUAAUUUGGAGUGUUCCUGAAGCUCUAGUCACAGCAGAGUUAGCCACAAGCUUCCCUGAAAAUGGUGGAUAUGUUAUUUGGAUAUCUUCAGCUUUCGGUCGCUUCUGGGGUUUUCAAGAAGGUUUUUGGAAAUGGUUUAGUGGGGUUAUGGAUAAUGCCCUUUACCCUGUGUUGUUUCUUGAUUACUUGAAGCAUUCACUUCCCAUUUUCAACCAAUUAAUUUAUCGAAUCCCAGCUCUUUUAGGGAUUACAAUAAGUUUGACAUACUUGAAUUAUAGAGGACUACACAUUGUUGGAUUUUCAGCUGUUUCUCUCGCUGUCUUCUCCCUAUGUCCAUUUGCUGUAAUGGGUAUUCUUUCAAUUCCUCGAAUUAGGCCUAAACAAUGGCUAGCUGUAGAUUUUAGGAAGGUAGAGUGGAGGGGAUAUUUCAACAGCAUGUUUUGGAAUCUAAAUUAUUGGGAUAAAGCUAGCACUCUUGCAGGGGAGGUUGAAAAUCCCAGCAAGACAUUCCCAAAGGCGCUAUUUGGGGCUGUGAUUUUGGUGGUUUGUUCAUAUUUGAUUCCACUUCUUGCUGGCACAGGGGCUCUGAAGAAUUCCUCAAGUGAUUGGACUGAUGGAUUCUUUGCAGAAGUUGGACUGUUGAUUGGUGGUGUUUGGCUUAAAUGGUGGAUCCAAGCAGCUUCGGCUAUAUCUAAUUUGGGUUUGUUUGAAGCAGAAAUGAGUGGAGAUGCCUUUCAGCUUCUUGGCAUGAGCGAGAUGGGAAUGCUGCCAGCUAUUUUUGCUUCAAGGUCUAAAUAUGGGACACCCACAAUUAGCAUACUAUGCUCUGCUACUGGAGUAAUCUUCUUGUCAUGGAUGAGUUUCCAGGAAAUCCUGGAAUUUCUCAACUUCUUAUAUGCAAUUGGAAUGCUUCUUGAGUUUGCAGCUUUUAUAAAACUGAGAAUAGACAAGCCAGAACUUGACAGGCCUUAUAAAGUUCCACUGGGAACAUUUGGUGCAACAUUGCUUUGCCUGCCUCCUGCAGCAUUGCUUGUUCUUGUAAUGUGCUUAGCUUCUUUGAGGACAUUCUUAAUUAGUGGUGCAGUUAUUGUGCUAGGGUUCAUCUUGUAUCCUAUUUUAGGCCAUGCCAAGCAUAGGAAAUGGACCAAAUUUGACACAGAACAGCCUGCAGUGCCUUCUGGUACUGGCUUGCUGGGCAGCUCAGAUAUCUCCCAACCUUGUCAAGAAGCUGCUGAUGAGGCUUCAGUCUUGCUUCUUUCAGAUUUGCCCACCGGGAGAACAGACCAACCAGGCUAUGAAAUUCUGGUUGAAGCAAAAGACAAAUAGAUAUGGUGAUCUCGUAAAUUCGAUACUCAGCAAAUUUUGUCCUUUUCAAGAUUGACAGAUGAAAAAUGCUAACAACAAUCACUUUUUAAAUGAUUAUCUAAUGCUCAUAAUCAAUGUGGUGAUUGUUUGACAAUCAUUUCAGAAAGUGACUGUUGAUAACAUUUCUCUUCACAUACUGGCUUUGACAGGAAAUGUAUCUAAGAUACAUAUAAGCUUUGAAAAGUAGUCUUUAAAUGCCUGAAAUGAUGAUUGUUGAAGGGACACGUGUACACAGUACAAUGUAAAAAUAGAUACAGGAAGGAGAACCCCAUUUCAUGAAAUUUACAGUAUUUUUCAUUAAUAAGAUUUUCUUUCAGUUUUUUUUU